CUUCAUAUAUGGUUUCUUUUGUCCGUUAAAUAGAACAAAAAAAAGGGGCUAAAGAGCACUUCUUUUUCUCAUUUGCCCUUUUUUUUCCGAUUUCUUUGUCGUUUGGGUCAUGGGCAGUGGCCCAAAGAGGAUUUGACAGUGUUUUCCGCACUUUCUCUGGACAGAAUUGAUGCUUUUUGGUGAGUAGGAUUUAAGGGAGGCUUCUUCUCUUGUGCUGGAAGUAAUGCUCCCCUGUGGGUCUUUGAUUUCUUGAUAUUUCGCUUUUUGUCUCCUUUUUUUACUUUUCUUCCGCUGAAUCGGUGGCAGUUUGACGGAAAAAAAUGCAUUUUUUUUUUUUUUGGCCCUUCUUCCGUAAUUCGAGCACCACUUUUUCUUUGCCCGUUUCGGCGUCUGGGUUUCGAUCUCUUCGCCCCUUUCUCUUAUGAGUAGCCUACUAUCGAGCACUCAAAGAUUUCUUUUUUUCCUCCCAUCCAUUUUAUCCUAUUUAUGCUUGAUUUCUUGCUUCUUUUUUUUCUGCAUGAUAAUUCUUUUCUUUUCAAUCUUUUUUAUUUGCCAAAACGAUGGGAGCUUAAAAGAGCCAGUUUUGGGAGAUUGUUCAUGACUUUCUCACCGAAGAUGAAUUCUUUUCUUAUUUCUAAUUCAAAUGGAACCAAUUUGCCUCCUAGAUCUUGCCUGUCAUCAAUUCUUGCUUCUUGGUUUCGAUUUCUUCGGCUCUUCUUGUUGAUCUGGGUGGCGAUCCAUUGAACGAAGAGAGGUCUGCAGGGUGGUGCUUCUCGUCCUCUGUGAAAAACAUGGGGGAGUGCAGUGAAUUCAGGGGAUGGGACGAGCUGAUUCCUGAUGCUCUGGGCUUGAUCUUUCGAAACCUUUCGCUUCAGGAGAUCCUCACCGUGGUCCCCAGGGUCUGCAAGGCUUGGCACCGGGCGGCCUCCGGGCCUUACUGCUGGCAAGAGAUCGACAUCUUGGAAUGGAGCCAGCGCUGCAAGCCGGAGCAUUUGGAACGAAUGCUUCAGAUGCUCAUUGCCCGGAGCUGUGACUCCUUCCGCCGGCUCAGUGUCUCUGGACUCCCCAGUGAUUCCCUCUUUUCCUUCAUUGCAGACCAUGCUGGUUCCCUUCAGACCUUAGAGCUGCCAAGGAGUGAAAUAAGUGACUCCAUUGUUGAACAUGUUGCACCAAGACUGUCGAACGUCACUUUCUUGGAUGUGAGCUACUGUAAAAAGAUUGGUGCUUGUACCCUUGAGGCAUUUGGCAAGCACUGCAAGGCCCUUGUGGGCCUCCGCAGGAGGAUGCACCCACUGGAGGCGGCGGACAAGGCCUGCCAAGAUGAUGAGGCCCAUGCCAUAGCUUGUACCAUGCCUAAGCUUCGCCAUCUCGAGAUGGCCUACCACCUCCUUACAACCCGCGGGGUCCUCGAGAUCCUCUCGCAGUGCAGGGAUCUCGAGUACCUCGAUGUGAGGGGCUGUUGGGAUGUGAAGCUUGAUGACAAGUUCCUGAAGGAGAGGCAUUCUAGUUUGAAGGUGUUGGGACCUCAUAUUGUGGACUGCUACGAGAGGACCUUCUGGGAUGAUGAGUGCUCAGAUUACUCGGAUUCCUCCGUGUACUCGUGGGAUUUCAUGGAGGACGGGGUUGAUGUCUACGAAGGGGAGAGCGAUCACGAUAACUUUUGGGAUGAUGAGCAAGAUCUGGCAGGGUUGGUAGUUAGGUUCUAUGGUGGUGGACUAAAUUUUGCCUUUGCUGGAUUUGAUUGGCCUCCAUCUCCAUGAGUAUCCUUUGCUUGCUUUUAAAGGACUGCCUCCUCCUCCUUUUCCUCCUCCUGCUGCUGCUGCUGCUAUCCAGCUGGUGCUUUUUAGAACCGCUAAGAUCUACUAUAAAUCCUAUUGUAUCUUUGCUUUGAAAUGUUUAAUGGGAUGCCUUUGAGUGUAAACUUGAGUGCUUACAUGAAGCAAAUUGAAGCAAAUUAAUGUGCUUGGACCUCUUUGUUCCUUGCUAAGGAUACCUCUAGUGGAUAAUUAUUUGUAUUUGUUCAGUGAGUAAUGUGAAAUCACUUGUAUAUGAGAAGUUAUUCCUGAC